AUGUCUCAGAUCUCCAGAAUCCGCACCCUUGCUCGAUCUCUACCUCCUUCGCCUCUCAGACAAGCUGGAACUCUUCAGUUGACCGAUGCCAUUGAAAGUAUCCUGUCGAGGCAUUUCCCAGAAUCUUCAGCAUCGGCAACCUCAUCGGCUGGACCAUCCAAGUCAGCUCCAACCGGAAGUCGUCAGGCGAUAAGCGAAUCUAGAGCCCGAGACGCAAUGGAUGGCAUGUUGAGGAGUUUACAAAGGAUUCAAUCGAACGCAGCGUCAAAGCGGUACCCCCUCAGCGAGAGAACGUUGACACCAGCUCACGAUCCGAAUACGUACCUCCGAAUCUUGAACGGUGUGAGGCAGAGUGCAAAAGGACAGGGUCGAGCCUGGUGGAAGAGGUUUUUCCAGGUCAGGGGCAAGGACUAG